AUGGCGCUCCAAAGCUUCUUUAUCAGCGCUAUCGCAGCCUACCCCACAGUGACCUUAUUCUUUGCACCGUUCCUGCUCCUGUUCAUUCGUUCCAUAUAUCGCGUCUAUUUCCACCCGCUAUCUCACAUUCCAGGACCAUUGUUACCCAGGUUGACUAGCAUAUUCCUCCAUUAUCACGCUUAUAUCGGGGAUGAAGCAAGCACAAUUCACAAGCUCCACGAACGGUACGGCCCGUACGUGCGUGUCGCACCCAAUGAAAUUGACAUAAGCGACGCGGAUGCUAUACCUGCAAUCUAUGUUUCAAAAGGAGGGUUUCCAAAAGCGGCAUGCUACGCUAAUUUUGAUAUCGACGGCCACAAGACUAUCUUCUCGACGGUUGAUGCGGAUUACAGGAGUCCGAGGGCAAAAGCCGUAGUCCCACUGUUCUCUACCAAAGCGCUCAGAGAGAACGAGAAGGCUAUCUGGGGGUGCGUGGAUCGCAUGAUCGAGCGGCUAAAGGAAGAAUCAAAGACAAGAAGGCCGGUCAACGUGCUUAAUCUGACGCGAAGCUUGGCAGUAGACGCAGUUUCCACGCAUCUUUUCCGGGAGAACUACGAUGGAGUCAGCGAGCGCGGUCCCGUGCUCAGUGUUAGCGCAUUCGUAGACGCAUUUGUAGCGGUCGGCCGCUUCUUCUACCUUCCAAAUAUCGCUUUCGUAUGGCUAGAAUGGGCCGUCGGUAAAUGGAUGCCCGACCCUGAGACCGACGAUAGCAUGAUGCUGGUCGACAAGUUUGUCUCUGCCUUGGUAACCAACACCUCCGAGAAGUCAACGACCUAUCCAGGACGUCUACUAGCCGCCGGGCUUAGCGACUCGGAAGUCAAAGCGCAGUGCAAGGAUCUUGUCUUUGCGGGCACAGAUUCUACGGGAAUGAACUUGGCUACGAUCAUGCUGAAUCUAGCAUGUUAUGCCGAGAAAUACGAGAGACUAAAGGAAGAGAUCAGGAGUAAUGCUGCCCUUGGUUCUGAUGCACAAGAAGUCCAAGCGUUGCCCUACCUCAACGCUGUUGUCAAGGAGGGUCUUCGAAUUAGCAUGGCCAAUCCGACGCGUUUGCCUCACGUUGUACCUACGGGAGGCUGGACUUUCAAAUCCACCUACUUCCCUGCUGGCUCUGUUGUCGGCUGCUCGGCCUAUGAGCUACAUUUCAACCCGACUGUCUUCCCCGAGCCUCGCAGUUUCAAGCCCGAGAGAUGGUUAAACCCGACGGAAGCGAUGUCAAAGUAUUGGUUCGCAUUUGGGGUAGGUAGCCGAGCGUGUAUCGCAAGAAAUUUGGCAACCUUGGAGUUACAGUUUGCGACAGAGCGAUUAGGGAAGAGUGGUGUCCUUGAUGGAGCUAAAGUGAUGCAACAGGAAGUUGAAAUCUAUGAGUGGUUCAAUUCAAAAGUGAAAGGCGAGAGAAUUGACUUGGUCUGGGGGUAA